UGGCUGCGUCCUACUCACAAAUGCGACGACCUAUCCCCGCUGCUCUGUGGAGUGUCUCAGCAUCGUCACUCUCAGUGAGCUUGCCCGAAUCUAUCAGUAUCGGGCUUGAAGAGCACUUCGGUCUCGACGAACGACAUCGCCAAUUGGAGGGUCGUGUACUAUCUCGGCUGGGAAGUGAGCUACAAAGAUGACCAGCAUCGUCCUCCUCCCUGAAGACGGCGACGAUACCACGAAGUACGACCACAGGAGAUACAAGCGGCACCUCAGAGGGUGGUUGAGUUAUGCGUUCGCCAGCGAGGUCUUUGUGAUCGUAUCCUUGACACUGUUCUUGCCCAUCUGUCUUGAGCAGUUUGCUAGAGACAACGGGUACCUCCUCCCGGAUCGUACCCAGCCAUGCACGGCAGCUCAGAACACGACGGCUGAACAUGGUAUGGCACAGCCAGGCGAAGCGCGCUGCGUCGUGAAGUUGGGCUGGGCAUGGAUGGACACUGCUAGCUUCAGCCUAUACGUGUACUCGAUCUCCGUUGCACUUCAAGCCAUCACUGUCAUCUCGAUGGGCGGAAUCGCAGACCACCCACCCCACCGCAAGCGCCUUCUCUUCGCCUUCGCCGCACUCGGCUCGCUCUCCGCCAUGCUCUUUCUCGUAAUACCAUCUUCUACGCCCAUAUGGCCAGUGGUCGGCCUUCUUGCCAUGUGCGCCAACAUCGGCUUCGGUGCGUCCAUAGUAGCGCUGAACGCGUACAUCCCGUUCUUGGCGCGUUCCACGCGAGAGGUGGUGGCUGCGCAGGCAGAGCUCGUCCGCUUGCGCGAGUUGCACGCACGUCGAGCUGGAACGGAGACCGAGGUGGAACCGACGACAGCGGAAGAGAACGCACCGGGUCAUGAUGUCGUAGUGCCCCUCCUCCAAAAUACAACAGCGGACACCGUGCACCCUGACGUGCUCGCCGCGAAGCUCGCCCACGACGCUGCGCUCUCCGCCGCCACCGCGCGCAUCUCCUCACACGGCAUAGCGCUCGGCUACGGUGCGGGCAUCUUCAUGCUCCUCCUGGCGCUGAUCCCUGUGACGCGCCUCGGAGGGUCGACGUUCGCGCUCCGGCUCGCGGUGGGCCUGAGCGGCGUGUGGUGGGCGCUGUUCUCGCUCCCUGCGGUGCUGUGGUUACCGGGGGCAUCACGGCCGGACGUAAGGAUUGCGUUGGCCGCGGAACCCGGUGAGGGCGAGGACGAGGCUGUCCAGGAGAAGUGGAAUGCCCGGAGGGAGAUUGUGGGAGCAUGGAAGAGGCUUGGAGGGAUGCUGAGAUGGCGCGAGAUUAAGCGACUCCGUAACACGUUUGUGUACCUUGCUGCUUGGUUCUUGCUCUCGGAUGGCUUCACGACCAUCACGUCCACUGCACUGCUCUUUGGGAAGACAACGUUGGGCAUGCCGCCCUCAGCGCUGAUUCUCAUCGGCGUGCUCUCACCAUGUGCCGGUAUCCUCGGUUCGCUCGCCUGGCCGAUCAUCCAGCGCAGGCUAGCGUGGUCGAACCAGCGUAUUCUCGUUCUCCUCCUCGUGCUGGCGUCGCUCAUUCCUGCCUACGGGUGCCUUGGCUUCUUGCCCGUAUUCCAACGUGGCGCAGUGCGGUUCGGUGGCCUGACGACAUGGGGCGAGAUGUAUGUUCUGGCAGUGUACUUUGGCUCGGUAUAUGGGGCAUUCCAAGGCUAUGCUCGUGCGUUCUACGCAGAGCUCAUCCCUCUGGGUGAAGAGGCACGAUGGUAUGGCUUGUUCUCAAUAACGGAUAAGUCGAGCUCGUUCGUGGGCCCGCUGUUUGUCGGCCUCAUCGCGGACACAACCGGGAAUAUCCGCUAUGCGUUCUUCUUCCUGGUGUUCAUGGUGUGGCUCGCAGUGCCAAUAUUGAUGAGCGUAGAUGUUGAGCGAGGGAGGGAGGAUGCCAGACAGUAUGUGUACGACGGUGUGAUAUAGUGUGGUUGAGCAGGCUAUCACUAAUCCUGUUCUUGUUAUGUAUCAAUGACCUCCUCCUUGUUUUUAUCCUAUAGUUGAUGCAGGCGUCCUCGUUUGGAGUCUGACAAUGGUAUGUCCUGGUUUCCAGCACAGGCGGCGGACUACGGGCGCUUCCAAUGUUUAUGGAUCCCGUGUCAGGAUUUGGUCACGGAUGUCCAGCAUGUUUUCGUGUUUGAACUUGCGGCAGGCAUGGGCAUUCUGUGAUCCUUUCCCCUACUCGCUCGACUUCAUCCCAGCAUGCAAGUUUGGUUUAGACCCGCCGAUCGCAAUCACGGCCAUUUUGACAUUGGUUAUGUCUGUGUGCUGAUAAGAUUAGAUCUUGCAUGCCGGAGCGCCAAGUGAGCAACCCGAGAAUCCAAAGAUAGGCAGCUUCGCCA